AUGCCGUGGCUUCAGAUUCUGAAGAUGAGAGAAAGAUACAACAAGCUGAGACCAGAGCUAUCCGUACCUCCAAGGAGAAGUCAAAAUCUCACUAGCAACCUUACCCUAAAAAUCCGCCUCGUCAACAACCUGCGGAAUCUUAUGGUAACCCUGCUUACGCUCAGCAUUAUCAACGUAAUCAGCAACAGCCCUUUCGUGGGAGCUUCGCAAGGCGUGAGCCUUGCUCAAUCGACACGUGCCACUACUGCAGGCAACAAGGCCACUGGAGAAAAAACUGUCCUCUUCUCGCCAGUCUCAGGUCAUCCAACAACAACUCCACAACCUACCAGAAGUAGUAAAGUAGGGCCUGAACGUCACUCUCCAGUCAUUGUGAAUGAUAAGUAUUUAGACACUAUUAAUGACCAAUUUUCUACAUGUUUUGUUGAUAACGAUUAUAUAGAAUCUUUUUUAGAUCAAGUUCAAUAUUUUGAAAAUUGUCAGUCAUAUGAUAAAUUUAAAGGAGUGAAAGGUAGAUUAGCCUGUCAUGUAAAGUAUUGGGAAAAUAUAGGUGCUUGUCCUUUUGUGCUUGAUACAAUACAAAAUGGUUAUGUUAUUCCAUUUAUAGAUACACCUUUUAAAAUGUACCACAGAAAUAAUAGAUCAGCACGGCAGAAUACUGAAUUUGUCACAAAGUCAAUUGAAGAUUUAGUUCAAAUAGGUUGCGUAAUUAAAGUGCCUUUUCAACCAUAUGUGGUAAAUCCACUGAGUGUUGCUACUCAAAAGUCCGGUAAGAAACGACUUAUUUUAGAUAUGAGUCAAUUGAAUAAACACAUAAAGCGCGAAAAAAUAAAAUUUGAGGAUUGGAAGUUAGCUAUACAAUAUUUUGACAAAGAUAUGUAUCUGUUUAAGUUUGAUUUAAAAUCUGGUUAUUUUCACUUAGACAUAUGCUCACAGCAACAGACUUUCUUAGGUAUUCAGUGGGAAGGUCAAUUUUAUUGCUAUACUGUUUUAGCUUUCGUAAUUACUACCGGUCCGUACAUUUUUACUAAAUGUUUGAGGCCACUAGUAAAAUUUUGGCGUGGAAACGGUAUAAAAGUUGUUUUGUAUUUAGAUGAUGGAUUUGGCAUGAGUCCAGAUGAAAAUACAUGUAAUGAGCAAUCGUCCUUCGUAAAAAGGUCUUUGAUUGAUGCUGGUUUUCUUAUUAACGAGGAGAAGUCUGUUUUUAAACCUGUUACCGAGUUAAAAUGGUUGGGAAUAGUUUGGAACUCGAAAGAAUACAAAUUAUCUAUUACCCAACGUCGAGUUGACGAUUUGAUUUUCUCAUUGAAUGUCAUUUUGGCUAAAUUUCCCUAUGUUACAGCUAGAUCUUUAGCUCAGGUUGUAGGUAGAAUUAUUUCUAUGACUCCCGUAAUCGGAAAUGUGGCUAGAAUUAUGUCAAAGUUCUGUUACAUGGAAAUUGAAAGUAGAAUUGGGUGGGAUAUUCCCAUUACAGGGUACAAACCCGUCGAGGUUUUAUCAGAGUUAAAGUUCUGGUUAGAAAAUGUCACCAUGAUUAACUAUCGUAAUUUAUGUCAUUACAGUAAAUCUUCUGUUGUCAUAUACUCAGAUGCUAGUAAUAUUGCCGCUGGUGCAUACACCGUUGAAUUAGAAAAUAAGAUUUUCCAUAAGAUGUGGACAUGUAGUGAAACGGUACAAAGCUCCACAUGGAGAGAGCUGAAAGCUAUAGAGUUAGCCCUUUUUUCUUUUAAGAAUAGUUUCACAGGAAAAACUAUAAAGUGGUUUACUGACAAUCAAAAUUGUGUCAAAAUUGUUAAUUCGGGAAGUAUGAAAGAAAAUCUUCAUGUUAUAGCAAAAUCAAUUUUUUCAUUUUGCAUUCAAAAAGGAAUAUCAAUUGACAUUCAAUGGAUUCCCAGAAAAGAAAAUGAAAAGGCUGAUUAUAUCAGCAAAAUGGUUGAUUUCGAGGACUGGGGAGUCACACAUAUAUUUUUCAAUUUUUUAAAUGAUAUGUGGGGUCCUUAUUCGAUUGACAGGUUUGCAAGUGUCGAAAAUAGAAAAGUUAUGAGAUUUAACUCCUUAUUUUGGCAACCUGAUUCUGAAGCAGUUGAUGCAUUUUCUCAAGUUUGGACCAAUGAAAAUAAUUGGCUAGUUCCACCAAUUAAUCUUGUGAUACGAUCGAUAAAACACAUGAUAGCUUGUAAAGCUCGAGGCACGUUAGUUGUGCCUAAGUGGAUUUUUGCUGCAUUCUGGCCUUUGAUAUUCGAUAAACAUUUGAUUUAUCAAGAUUACGUAAAAGAUGUUAUUGUGUUUAAAAAUACUGAUGAUAUUUUUUCAGUAGGACAUUGGUCAGACUUUAAUUCACAAGUUACCUCUAAUAAUGAUCUUAGCAGUUUGUUCAAACAGUUGCCAGAAUUCCUUCUUUCGUCCAAGGCUGCGAGUACUCAGAAGAAAUAUAGAUAUGCCUUCAAUUCAUGGUGUAAGUGGACUAGUCAAUAUUCUUUUUCACCAUUGCCAGCAUCUCAUUUACAUAUUUCUUUAUAUUUUAUUCAUUUGUCUGAAACUGCAAAAUCUGUUUCAAAAUUAAAUGAUGCUUUUUACGCCAUAAAAUGGGCACAUAAAUUAGCUGGCGUUGCUGAUCCCAGUGAAAAUAAUCUAGUUGCAUCUGUUCUUGAAGGGGCUCAUAGAAAAAUAGGUCAUUCAGUUGUCAAAAAAGAACCUAUCACACCGCAUAUUUUGAAAAAUAUUGUAUGUAAAUAUGCUAAUAAUACUUGUAAUUUAAAAGAUGUAAGAAUAGCAUGUAUGUGUUUAUUAGCCUAUGCUGGCUUUUUAAGAUUCUCCGAGUUAGCUAACUUGAGAAGGUCUGAUAUACAGUUUUCCCCUACUUACCUUACACUUCAUUUAGUCAAGAGUAAAACUGAUGUAUAUAGGAAAGGGAAAGAUGUUGUCAUUUCAAAAACAGGGAAUAUUACAUGCCCGGAAGAUGUACUUCAGCGUUAUCUAAAGUUAGCUAACAUUCCUGAAGAAUCGAAUGAUUUUAUCUUUAGAUCUAUUUGUUAUUGUAAAUCUUUGAAUAUAUACAAACUUAGAAAGAGUAGUCAUAUUUCUUACACCAGAGCCAGAGAGUUAUUGUUAUCUGCACUUGACAGUUUAGGUCUUGAUAAAAAACAGUUUGGCUUACAUAGUUUGAGGUCAGGAGGAGCUACUGCCGCGGCAGAAGCUGGAAUAGAUGACCGGUUGUUUAAGAAACACGGGAGAUGGAAAAGUGAUAAAGCCAAAGAUGGUUAUGUUAAAGAGAGUAUACUCAACAGAUUGUCAGUAUCUAAGAAUUUAGGCUUGUAA